AUGUCUGAAGAUAGUGACGAUGACAUAGAAUUAGAAAUAGUUGCCAUGGAGUAUGGUGCAAUAGAAAUGAUUCUCGAUUAUGAUGGAAUGAAGCAAGCUCAAGAGGUGGAAAUGGAGGAAGCUGUGAAUGAUCUCACUGAAGAAAUGGAGCUUGUAAAUCCUCUUGAUAAAGCAGAUACUCUUACUUCACGUAUCGCUGAGGCCAUCGCUACAGUCACUACAGAAGACUAUGUCUCGAUACAGUGA